AUGGCGGCUCCAGGCCGGGGGACUGAGGAUGCCGUUGCCGCAGAUGGCUCGGCCUCCAUGGAGAAGGGGCUCGGUGCCGGUGCCGGUGCCGGUGCCGGUGCCGGUGCUGAUACCGGCGCCGAGGCGAAGCUGAUGAGCGAUCUCAUCCGGGAUGCGAAGCUCGCUACCGAGAAGGAGCACAAUAUGACCUUGUGGCAGGGCAUAAAACUCUACCCCAAGGCUAUUGGCUGGAGUGUGCUAAUCUCCACCUGCAUCUGUAUGGAAGGCUAUGACAUUUCUCUCGUCAACAAUUUCUACGCCUUCGAUCAGUUCAACAGGAAAUACGGCGAGCAACUGCCCAACGGCGAUUGGCAGGUCCCUGCCCGGUGGCAGGCAGGUCUGAGCAAUGGCGCCACGGUGGGCGAGAUCAUCGGCUUGUUGCUCAAUGGCUGGUUCGCCGAGCGUUUUGGCUACAGGUACACCGUCAUGACCUGCCUCGUACUCAUCAUUGCAUUUACGGCCAUCUUCUUUACAGCCCAAAGUGUGGUUGACUUGCAGGUCGCCGAGAUCCUCUGUGGUAUUCCCUGGGGUGUAUUCCAAACCAUCACCAUCAGCUAUGCCGCCGAAGUUUGUCCAGUUGCCCUCCGAGGGUAUCUGACGACCUAUAUUAACUUCUGCUGGGGCGUUGGCCAAGAGAUCGGCAUUGGUGUUAUCAUGGGAAACCUGUGGCGAACAGAUGAAUGGGCCUAUCGGAUCCCUUACGCGCUGCAAUGGAUGUGGCCCGUACCGCUCUUGAUCGGCAUCUAUCUUGCUCCCGAGAGUCCCUGGUGGCUUGUCCGUAGGGAGCGUCUCGAUGAUGCCAAGAAGUCUCUGCUUCGACUGACAAGUGUCAAGAGAGACACAGACUUCGACCCCGACGAGACGAUCGCCAUGAUGGUACACACGACAUCCCUAGAGAAGAAGAUUACAACAGGAGCCAGCUACCUGGAUUGUUUCAGGGGCACUGAUCUGCGCCGCACGGAAAUCGUUUGCAUGGCUUGGGCCAUCCAGAACCUUAGCGGAAACCAAUUCUCCAAUUACUCGACGUACUUCUUGGAACAAGCAGGCCUGGACCCGAACAAGGCAUACGCAUUCGCGUUAGGCCAGUACGCCAUUAACUGCGUCGGUGUCUUUGGCGCAUGGGGUCUCAUCACACUCGGCGUUGGUCGAAGAUCCUUGUACAUUUUCGGCCUGAUAGCUUUGUUCUCGAUGCUCUUGAUUCUCGGUUUCCUGGGCCUAGCACCAAACAGGACGGAAGCAUCUCUUGCGACUGGCAGCAUCAUGUUAGUUUGGGCGCUAAGUUACCAGCUCACCGUUGGUACCGUAUGUUACUCGUUGGUCGCCGAAAUCUCCACGCGGAGACUUCAGAUCAAAACUGUUGUCCUCGGUCGCAUUCUCUACAAUAUCGUCGCCAUCAUCUGUGGUGUGCUUACUCCAUAUAUGCUAAACCCUGGCGCAUGGAACUGGGGUAAUUUUACUGGAUUUUUCUGGGCUGGCAUUUGCUUCCUCUGUCUGAUCUAUUCGUACUUCCGGAUACCUGAGCCUGCCGGAAGGUCCUUUGCGGAGCUAGAUCUUUUGUUCGAAAGGAAGAUCAGUGCUAGAAAGUUCGCCACCACUGACGUUGACGUAUUUGAUGAGACUGUUGAUGCCACGUUGGCUCAGAAAUAUCGGGACCAGAUUGCUAUCACUCAUCUAGAGAAGGGUGUCAUGGUUUGA